AUGGACAAACCAGAAGUAUUAAAUUAUAUGGAAAAUAUGAGUGCAACAGCGGCAGUAGCAGCAGCGGUGGAUCCGGCAAUGCAUUAUGGAAUGUAUGGCAUGUUGGGUCAUCCACUGGCAGCCGGUGUUGAUAUUCCCACCACAUCAGUACCCGGGGAUUAUGAUACUACCAACAGUCUACAACAUUUGCAGCAGCAACAUCAGCAAUUAAUUGCAGAGCAACAACAUCUUCAGCAGCAACAACAACAUCAUUUGGAAAUGCAACAACAUCUGCAACAAACAACAGCACAACAACAACACCAUGGUAAUACUGGCGUUCCAAAUGAACCGAACAAUUCCGCUGCAACCAACCCCACAAAUAUGGACACCACAGAUUCUUCCCCUGAGGCUCAAAAGCGUCGAAAUACCACACUGGCCACGGACAACAGUCUCUUGGCCAAAAAGCAACAUCUCAAUCAAAUGGCCGAGGAAAAAAAGAAAUCUGUCCUACGUAAAAAUAUUCGCGAGGUAAUGGAUACCAAUCAGCUGGAUACAAAUACCCUCAAAGCCCAACAUGAAGAAUCCGAGCGUUUGGCACGCAUGGCUGAACAGCAAAAGCUAUUACGGGAAUAUCAACAACGUGAAGCAGUAUUAACACAUUUCGAUCGUUUUGUCAAUGAACAUCGCGUAAAGGAUCCCUCAGAUCUUUUGAUAGAAGAAAAAGCGAAAAGUAUUAAACCCCAAUCAUCGCAACAACAACAACAAAUUGUCAGCAAGGAUGAUUCUGAAAUUGUGGGCGGCGAGGGCGAAGAUGAUUUGAAAAUCAAAAGUCCAGCUGAUUCAAUGGUUGAGAGCAACGACUCCAAGUGUUUUGAAGACAAGGAGGCCUCAACCCCAGCCGCCGAAGUUGUUACCAUCGAUGACAGUUCCGAUGAUGACGAUUGCAUCGUUUUAUCUGACGAUGAAGUGGAAGAGGAAGAAGACGAUAAUGAUGAUCCGCACAACAGUGGCAUGCAUGUCAAAGAUGAAUUCAAUGUUCCCGAUCAUUUGGGACGUGUUGUUAUCAAUGUCGGCCAUCCCGAUGAUGAGGAAGAUAUUUUCAUAGCUCCUCAGAUUGCCCGCACGAUUAAACCCCAUCAAAUUGGUGGGGUGCGCUUCCUGUUCGACAACAUUAUCGAAUCGCCCAAACGCUUCAACGAUUCCGGUGGCUUUGGUUGUAUUCUGGCACACUCGAUGGGUUUGGGUAAAACCCUGCAAGUAGUAUGUUUCUGUGAUAUAUUCUUACGGUAUACACCGGCCAAAUAUGUGGUCUGUGUCAUGCCCAUAAAUACCCUACAAAAUUGGAACGCCGAAUUCGAUAUGUGGAUACCGAAAUAUUCGGACAAUCCCGAAUACAUAAGGCCAAGGGAAUUUGAUGUUUUUGUACUUAAUGACCAGCAAAAGACAUUGACAGCCCGUUCACGUAUCAUCUUGCAGUGGAAGGAAAGGGGAGGGGUACUCCUAAUCGGCUAUGAACUGUUUCGCCUAUUGGCCCUGAAGUUGAACUCCACAAAGCGGCGCAGUAAGAAACAACAAAUGAAUAUGGAUAAUAAUGAAUCUCGCAGCCCUCUAAUGGAUCAGGUAUAUGAAGCUUUGGUGAAACCCGGUCCCGACCUAAUAAUCUGUGAUGAGGGCCAUCGCAUCAAAAAUGUUCAAGCUGGCAUAUCACAAGCCUUAAAGCAGAUACGUACACGCCGGCGUAUUGUGCUCACCGGUUAUCCCUUGCAAAAUAAUCUACUCGAAUAUUGGUGUAUGGUGGAUUUUGUGCGACCCAAUUAUUUGGGUACCCGCACCGAAUUCUGCAAUAUGUUUGAGAGGCCCAUACAAAAUGGCCUCUGUGUAGACUCUACCCCGGAUGAUAUCAAGUUAAUGCGUUAUCGGGCUCAUGUUUUACAUUCACUGCUGGUGGGUUUUGUUCAACGCCGUUCCCAUCGGGUUCUCCAACAAUCGCUACCCGAAAAACAGGAAUAUGUUAUACUCACCCGAAUGUCAGAAUUACAAAAACAAUUGUAUGAUACCUUUAUGAAUGAUAUAGUAAGGACAAAGAAUGUUCCGAAUCCAUUGAAAGCAUUUGCGGUGUGUUGUAAAAUAUGGAAUCAUCCGGAUGUGUUAUAUGAUGCCAUGAAGGCGGCGGAAACGGGCAUGGAAAUGGACAUUGAGGGUGUGGAUGAAGUUGAGAGUAUGGCCAGCACAACAAGUGGUGUACAUAAAAAUGGAUUUCCACCGCCUGUACCAGGACCACCACCGCCCAACAGAAUGCAGCAUGAUAUGACACCAACAUCAUCAAUGGCAACCGGUUUGGGGGAAAAUGGUAACCAAUUUAAUGAAAACUCCAAUCUCAUGCCACCUAAUAAUCAGUAUCUGCGACAAAAUGAGCCACCAAAACCAAUGGAUAAACACAACAAUUUUCAAAGCCCCUCCAUUUUUAGCGAUUUAAAUCAAUACGAAAAUCCCAAUCUAAACAAUACCAACAGCAGCUAUAAUCCCGAUUUACAAACGAAUUAUUUUUCCUAUCCCACCAUGAUGCAUACAAUGGGUAGUCCCCUCAAGCCCAACUAUGUUGGUUGUAUGUUAAAACAAUCGGGAGGCGGCGGUAUGGGUGGUCCGAAUGAAUCAAUGAUAACCGAAGAUUCCCAUAAUUCAUCAUCGGAAAUUGUUGAUUUGGAUACAAAUGAAAUAAAAACAAUUGAAACCGAUAUUGAUAUGGAUAAAAAUAUUUCAUUGGAUAGAACAGCAGCAUCCACCUCCUCGGGUAUAUCCUCGUUGGGUAUGGACGGUUCGACAGAAACAUCAUGUAGUACACAAAAUGAUUUGGAAACAAAAUCGGAAAGUGGUAGUCAUGUUAGCAGUUCCAUUGCCACAACGGAAAGUAAUGAUACAGCUGUGGAGAAACGUGGACCCGAAAAAAUCACCUAUGAUUGGGCCACAAAGUUUUUGAAAAAAUACGAACCUGGUCUCAUUAAGAAUUCACCCAAAAUGGAAAUAUUCUUUUGUAUCCUGAAUGAGAGUGUUAAGAUUGGUGAUCGGGUUCUACUCUUCAGUCAAAGUCUUUUGACACUGAAUGUUAUUGAGAAAUUUCUACAGGUCACACGAAUGCCGGACACGGAUCAAUGCUGGAUAUAUAAUACACAUUAUUUUCGCUUGGAUGGUUCAACCACCUCUCAAGAGCGUGAAAAAUUGGUCAAUGAAUUUAAUUCAAAUACAAAUGUUAAAUUGUUCCUUAUCUCAACUAAAGCUGGAUCUUUGGGUAUUAAUCUCGUUGGAGCUAAUCGUGUGAUUAUAUUCGAUGCAAGCUGGAAUCCAUGUCAUGAUACACAGGCGAUUUAUCGAAUUUAUAGAUACGGACAAAAACGUUCUUGUUUCGUUUAUCGUUUGGUUAUGGACAAAUGUCUGGAAAAGAAAAUCUAUGAUCGUCAGAUUAAAAAACAAGGCAUGUCUGAUCGUGUUGUUGACGAAUGUAACCCGGAUGCACAUCUAUCGAUUAAAGAUGUAACCAAUCUAUGCUAUGACUACGAUGAUGAUGUUGUUGGUGGUGAUGGUGAAAAUCGAUCAGCCACAACAAAUAGUGAUUUUCCAAAACCAAUUGAAUCCUAUACGGAUACAAUUAUGAAAAUCAUAUUAACGGAAUAUAAAACACAUCUAACGAAAGAACCAUUCUUCCAUGAAAGCCUAUUGGUUGAUCGACAAAAUGAUAAAUUAUCACAGGCGGAAAAGCGUCAGGCACAUCGUAGCUAUGAAAUGCAAAAGAAAACCUCAUCGAAGACGGCGAUGUAUACAACAACGGGUGGUACGCGGAUGCCUUAUCAAACGAAUCGCACACAAACGGUACAGAAAAAUAGCAGUGGUCUUCGUUCCACCAGAUGGAUACCGGCUGAGGUUUGGCAAAAACAAGGCAUGACGGCCCAGGAAAUGUCAUUACCUUUAGAUGUUGUUAUACCCACAAAUUCAAGUAAUAAAUCAAAAAUCAUUAUCAAGGCUGGCCAACGUGUUAUGGUAUUGAAAUCGGCCAAAGGCAUUUACAUGCAAUUGGAUAGUGGUAAAAUUAUUGCCAUACGUACCCUAAAUAAGCCAGCCGCACCAUCAACGGAGAAAAGUGAUGUCAUCGAUAUAACUGGUGAAUCGGACACAAUAUCAUCGAACAAAGAUACUAAGACUGAAAAGUCCGAUACGGAAAAUAAUGCAACUAAAGAUUCAAAUUCGACAGAAAGUGGCACAAAUCCAACAUCUUCAUCAUCGUCUACAUCACUACUUGCUGCUAAUGCUGGAGCAACAACGAAAUCCAUUGAAAUGCCAAAUGAAGCAUCAUCUUCCCUAUCAUCGUCAACAGCAACAACAACUUCACAGUUAGAUUUAUUCAAUACUACAGCAACAACAACAACAAACAAGGCCAAUACAACUGAACUAGAAAAUAAACUAACGCGUAAUAUUUCCAAAACAAAUGCUGACAAUCAAGAGACUUCGGCUAUGACUGGUAACUUCCAGCAAAGGCAGCAUUUAACACAGACCCAAACAUCGUCACAAAUAACACAACAACAACAUCGUUCCCAAAAUUCUCAUCUGUCACAGCAUAUGCUUAAUGAACAACAACAGCAUCAGCAAACACAAUUGCAAAAUGUCCACGCAACAGCACAACAACAACAAAAUAAUCCCACACUAAUGCAUUCCUCUCAAGCUACAGCCCAAUCAUCAUCGUCCGCUUCAGCAGCAGCCACAUCAUCAGCAUACCCAAGUCAACAUCAAACUUAUAAUAUUUAUUCACAGCAUCAACAACAACAAACUCCUCGCAGUUCACAGCUUUAUAAUUCACGAAGUGCUGCCGAGGCGCUUGGCUCUAAUUUCCACCAAACAACAGCGGCAGCAGCACAACAACCUCCACCGCCACCACAAUUUAGCGAUUACCCUACCUAUGGAUCUCAUCAACAACAGCAGGUGCAGCAACAACAGAACGUUGCACGUUAUCACACAACAACAUCAAAUUCAUCACACACUGAUUUAUCAUCGUCUGCCGCCAGUCACUCACAUUCGCUUGCCGCACCACCACCACCCCAUUCACAUGCUCCACCCCAACCACCAGCUUCCCUGUCGGACUUUUACAACGCCUACUAUCCACAAUGGUCGUCGUUUAUGUUGGCCUCUCCAUCCCAAAAUCCUGAUGGCUCCCAUUUAAUGCAUAAUGCCGCGGCUGCAGCAGCAGCUGCUGCGGCCGCCGCCGCUGCUGCCUCCACAUAUCCACCCAUUGCACCGCCACCAACCCAUACACAUUCCCAUCAUGCAAAAGUGCAGCCGAACGCGCAUCAACAAUGGCCCCAACAUUAUCAUCCAUAA